AUGAAUUUAGUCAAACUUUUCUCUAUUGUUUUGUCAGUUCUGUUAUUUUUUAUUGGGGAUGUAUUUUCCCUUUCUUCAUCAGAAUAUCAAUGUACUUUCAAUUUCUUUAAUAAAAUUUCUAAUGUCAACCAGGAAUUUUAUUAUAAUUCAAACACUCUUCUUUACGACUUUUGUAAUUCACCAUUAACUCCUAUGAAUGCUUUGGUUAAUUGUGAUGCACAAAAUGUUGUAAAUAUUAGAGCGACCCAAACAAAUAAAAAUUUAAUUUCACCAUCUGAUUUUCAAUGCUUUUCAUCAAUUAAUACAUUAAAUAUCGAUGGAUUCAAAGUUUCUAAAAACUUUUUAAUUGGAUUAUUCCCUCAAUCAUUAAAAUCGAUUUCUUUAAUUAAUGGUAAUUCUUCGAUAUUUGAUGUUGAUAUUGGUGUUGGGAAAUCAAUUACAAUUCCAGUUUUAAGUACAAAGGUUUAUCUUUCUGGCCCAUUAAACAUUUAUUUCUCAAGUCUUUUAAAUGUUAAAAAGUUUUCUCUCAUCACCCAAACUUUAAAUCCAAAAUAUAAAAUCAAUUAUAUCAAUGAUUUACUUGAAACGUCGACAUCAUUUGAAUACUUCUUUGCAUACACCCAUUUCAUCCCAUCAAUGAAUAAUAUUCUAAUGGAAUUAUUACAACUUACCCUUUUACCGGGCACAGAUUCAAACUCAUUCUCUGCUUUUUCAACAUAUGCAAAUGUAACUUCAUUCUCUUUAACAUCAUCAAAUUCUGUUGUUUACCCAUUCCCAGUGGCAUUGGCUUCAAUUCCAAUUAGAAAUAUUUUCAAUGUAAAUGGUGAAUUCCCAUUCUCUGCUUUACCAUCAACAUUAACCUUUUUUAUCCUUUAUUUAAGAAAUAACAAAAUGGGUGGUAUUAUUCCAACAAGUUUCCCAUCAAAUUUAUUUUCAAAAGAUAUUUCUUUAUAUCUUAGUGAUAAUUUAUUAACUGGACAAAUCGAUGAAACUUGGUGUUCAAUUGAUUUUGACAUUAGUAAUAAUUUAAUUGGUGGUCAAGCACCAUCAUGUGUUGUUUGUAAUUAUUUGCAACCAUCGACUAGUGCUAUCUUUAGUGGAAAUAAAUUUACAAAUUUAGAUAUUAAUAAUUUACAAAAUUGUACAAACCUUGAAUUUAAUUUAUCCUAUGACAAUGUUACCAAAUCAUUGUUUUUAAAUGGUAACAAUCUUGGUUUCUUUACAUCAUCAUUCACAUUAGACAAUCCAAAGAAUUGGGCAAAAUCAAUUAUAACUAUUAAUGAACAAUUUCAAAUCAAAAAGAGUUUAACUGCAACUGGUCCAAUUCCAAAAGGGUUCAAUAUUACAUUCCCUUAUUUACCACAAGGUCCAAGAACUUUUGAAAUUAUAGCUUAUAAUGAAUUCAUUGUUAACAAUUGA